CACUUUGUUCUAUAGCAACUAAAGAACGGGCUUCUCGUAGGGAGAGUACAAGUGUUACCUCAAAGUAGCCAUACUCUGCAUUAUAAAGUUUAAGGAACCAUCUUUAAACCUUGAGGAACGAGAGAUCAGUAGAGCACUGUAUAACCUUGAGGAACUUGACUUCAGGAAUUAAAAACAAACUGUUGCUUUCGGACUCUUCAGCUUAGCAGAGCUCUGUUUUGAAUUUACUCUGUAGCAGCAAGCCAAGCAAUCGGUCCUGAACUUCGCAAAAUGGGUGCUUUGUUCUGAGGAACUAUGCAUUAGUGUUUUGUACAUAUUGAUAGAAUUUGGUGUGCCUAGCUGGAUUGCAAACUGAGUUUAGCUUUGCACCUCUAGUGUACAAGAUUGGCAGGAUCUGUUAACGAAGUUGUUCCCCUUCUUGUGCCUGCCUUUGGUUCUUGUUUUGGUUGGUUAAAUGCUGUUGAUAUCUGCAUAUAUAGAUGGAAGUCCAGAUGAUGUUGGUAGAUUUUUAGAGCAACUUUUAUGUAUCCGCCUCUCUUAACAUCUGUAACUAAUCUCUACAGGACAUCCUGGAUAAUUGAUAGCCAAAGAAUUGCUUCCAAAAUUAAAAACGUUUCUGGAUCAUUGGAUCUCAGUAAACAAAAGUGGAGGAGCAAUCCAAGUAAGGAGUGCCCAAGCUGCAGCCACAUCAUUGAUAACAGUGAUGUUGUGCACCAGUGGCCUGGUUUGCCAAAAGGUGUAAAAUUUGAUCCUACCGACCAGGAAUUGCUUUGGCAUUUGCUUGCAAAACAUAAUAAGUCAGGUGCUGAACCUCACCCAUUCAUCGAUGAAUUUAUUCCAACAGUUGAGGAAGAUGAUGGUAUCUGCUACACCCAUCCACAGAAACUUCCAGGUGUUAAACAAGAUGGAAGUGUAUCACAUUUCUUCCACAGAACAUUUAAAGCCUAUAACACGGGGACUAGGAAGCGUCGAAAGAUAAACACUGACAAUCUUGCUGAUGUUCGCUGGCACAAGACAGGCAAGACGAAGCCAGUAAUAGUUGAUGGAAAGCACGCUGGCUGUAAGAAAAUAAUGGUGCUGUAUGUGAGUACUGUGAAGGGUGGUAAGCCCAAGAAGACCAACUGGGUGAUGCAUCAGUACCAUCUAGGCACUGGGGAGGAUGAGAAGAAUGGGGAAUAUGUUGUCUCCAAAUUAUUUUUUCAGCAGCAAUUUAAACUUGAAGAAACAAAUGCACAGGAGUUAACCAAUACAGAGGCUUUGGAAACUAUAGUUGCUGAAGCAGAUCUACCCGACCUCCCUGAACCAACCAUGGAAGAAGAUGAUGACGAACAUAUUAGUAGUAUUACUAACCAAGAGGUUCUUCAUAAUAAUGAACAUAACACCGACCGGGAAGCUCUUCAUAGCAAUGAACAUAAUGCUUAUCAGGAGAAAGAGAAUUGUGAAAUAAAUAUGGAAGAAAAAGCUGCUGAAGAGAAUGCUGCCUAUCCAUCCUCUGAAAAACCCGAGGAUGGAGAUAAUCCCUCAUCACAAGAUCCAAAUUUGUGGGAGGGGGACUCGCAGUUUCUGUUAGAUUCUCAGCAGCUAGCAGAAAACUUAGCGAUUUGUGACGAGUUCCUUCAGAGCCAGACCUCAUGUGGCGAUGGAGAUGAGCCAGGUACGAUCAAGCCUCGCCUGGCUGUUUAUGCCCAGUUGCCAGUAGAGGACUUGAAGAAGGAUCUGGAGGAAUACAAGGACUUGGGCCCUUCUGAUAAUGCUGCUAAUCUUGAACUUGACAACACAUCUGAAUUUCGAUUGAGCCAACUCGAAUUCUCACAGGACAGCUUUACGGCAUGGCCUGGUGGCAAGUUGGUUGAUUGACGUAGCUCCAAUGCGCUGACAGCGCUUGGCACUAUGUGCAUGAAGAAACAUCUGAAGCCUUUUAGAGCGAUGCACAGCAAGCAUCAUCAACCGUAGUUUCAGCCACGUGGUGAUGUGGUUAUUUUGUGUAUCUCAGUGAAUCUGAGAUGUAACAUAAACCGUGGCUCAUUGAGUCAGCCUGUUGAUGAACUUUCUGGCAUCCAUAUGAACUGUAAAUUAUAAGAAAGGCCAACAGGAUGAUUGCUCAGCGCUAGGACUAGCUUUGGUCUAUCACCCCAAAAAAGGACUAGCUUUGGUCUAGCAGCAUGUGUAUGUAAAUGUUCAGAAUUAACUGCAUAAUUAGCAAGGAUAUCUAAAGUACAGUUGAGCUUUUCUUCA